UGCCUCAUCAUAAAAGCUAGUAACACAUGUAGCUGCUAGCUGGGCGUAUCACAUGUGAGGUCGAAACCAUUGCUUUCCAUCCAUCAGCCAUGAUUUCGGGGGUGUCAUCUCCUCGGAAGCUCUUGCUACUGGCGGCCGCUCUUCUUACGCUGUCUGUGGCCAUGGCGGCGUCGCCUGCGGCUGCGCCGGCGAACCAGAGCAGCUGCUACAAGCGUCUAUUCAGCUUCGGUGACUCUCUGAUCGACACCGGGAACUACAUCGUCCACUUCUCCACCACGCCGGGUCCGGUCAUGGAGUUGCCAUACGGCGAGACUUUUUUCGGCCGCCCCACCGGCCGCUGGUCCGACGGCCGCCUCAUCGUCGACUUCAUCGUGGAGAGGCUGGGUUUCCCUUACUGGCCGGCGUACCUGCAAGCGGCGGCGGCGGCCGGUAACUCGCUGGCGGAGGAGUUCCGGUACGGUGUAAAUUUCGCGGUGGCAUCCGCCACGGCGCUUAGCCGGGAUUUCUUCAGGAAGAAGCACCUCCAAGUUGACCAGAUGCCCCCCUACUCCCUCGACGUCCAGAUUGGGUUGUUCAAGAAAGUUCUCGCCGUGCUUGGCUCCACGGACCAAGAGAGGAAGGCGGUAAUGGCGAGCUCGCUGUUCCUGGUGGGGGAGAUCGGCGCCAACGACUACAUCCAGCCCUUGUUCCAGAACAAGACACUCGAAUGGGUCAGGCCCCUCGUGCCCCGGGUCAUCAGCUCCAUCGCUCUGUCCAUCGAGGCUCUAAUCAAGCUGGGCGCCAAGACCAUGUAUGUGCCAGGCGUGUUCCCCAUGGGGUGCACCCCGCUGUUCCUCGGCACCUUUUCCGGCGACGGCCGCGACCCUGUCACGGGCUGCCUGCGGUCUCACAACGACCUCACCCUCGUUCACAACCACAUGCUGAAAUCGAAGCUCGACGAGCUCCGCCGCGACCACCCUGGCGUUUCCAUCAUUUACGUCGACUACUAUGACGAGGUGCUCAGCCUCAUCACCAAGCCGCUGGAGAAUGGGUUUGCAAUGGAGACGUUGCUGGACGCGUGUUACCCCGUCUUCGUUCCUCGAAGGGAGGCGGUGCGGUGCCCGGACCCGUUGAGGUACGUGUGGUGGGACGGUGUGCACUUGACGGAGGCGGCGUACAAGAUCAUGGCACGCGGGAUACUUGACGGCCCGUUUGCUGUGCCGUCCAUCAUGUCCACAUGCAACCGCAACUUCUAGACUUGCGUGACUACAAGAGAUGCUAGCUAAGAACCCGUGCGUUGCAACAGGAGAAAAAAAAUCACCAUCUUCAAUGACGAUGACCACAUUAUAUUCAUAUUUCAUCACAUGAUUUCAAAAAUUUGUUCACAAAUGCAAGAAAAUAUUCUUUUUUUUAAUUUAUCCAGAAAGAUUGUGCUGAAGCUGUAGUGCCAGAGCUGCAAGCACUGCUCCCAACGCAGCAUCAAGAGGUCUCUUCCUUUUCUCUUGAACUAAGCAUUUAUUUUUCUUUUGUGUGGCUCUCUCAACAUUUUGUCCUGAACUAUGUUGCAAGCAUUUUGGGGUCGGUGGAGGCAA